AUGUCACAUACACCUGUGGAUGAUCAUUUCAUCUCCAAUCCUGACCUCGAUCUCCUAGGUCAUCGACCUCACAAGUCAGCGAUAUUGUUAUUCCAGGCCUUGACUGCAACGGCAGUGUUUCGAGUAUGGCCUUCAUUGCUAUUUAUCGGUGGAUGGUCAGCAGCGAUCGUGGUGAUCAAUCAGCAGACUAAAGCAGAUAUGACCGUUCCAUCGACUCUGUUAACUGCUCUAGGUGUGUUGUUGGGUUUGACAUUAAGUUAUCGCACCUCCUCAGCCUACGGUCAAUAUGCAGAAGGGCGUAAACUAUGGACGCAAAUCAUUCAAGCCAAUAGGACAUGGGCUAGAAUCGUAUGGAUUCAUUGCCCAGAUGCCACUCGAGCCACCCCACCUGAAGAUCCUCCACUUCGAGCCGUCGAAGAGACUCGAGCGGUCAUUGAGAAAGCUACGUUGGUCAGGAUGGGUCUUGCAUUUGCAGUAGCUGUGAAGCAUUAUUUGAGGGGAGAAGAAGGAAUCCUCUACGAGGAUCUUUAUGACCUAGUCAAAUUCAUCCCUUCACUUCACUUACCAUCUGGUAUCCCCUCCUCUGAAGAUGCAAAUAUCGCAACGGGCAAAUUUCCAGGGAAACAUCAUCAUUCGUCAUCUAUCACAGUCAAUUCAGGUACAGAGCUCAAAACGUUGUCUUUCCCUUCACCUUCUGACUCCAGUCAAUCCGGUCCAAGGAUUAUUGCUAGACCUGCAUUACAUCCUGCAAGAGAUCCACCAAAAUUCAGAUUUUCUGAAACCUUUCCAUUCAAGUUCCUCGUGACUAGACGACAGAGAUACAAAGCCGCUGGCAGAGCGGCGAUGAGAGAAAGGAUGAAAACUGCUAAAUCAUCUGGAGGAGUUGGUCAGAAUGUUCCAUUGGAAAUCACAAUGUUCAUGUCUUCCUGGAUAGCCAAUUUACAAAAGAGAAAGACGAUUGAUGUUCCUACGACGAAUGCUUUGUUGGCUGCUCAGCUGUCUAUGGCUGAGGCGCUGAGUAACUUGGAGCGAAUUCUUACCACCCCUAUCCCAUGGUCAUACAACGCCCAUAUAUGGGAGGUCACUUGGAUAUACUGCUUAGUCCUGCCUUUUCAACUGUACGGUGCUGGAUUUGGCUGGAUUACUAUUCCAGCUGUAGUGAUUACAUCUUAUAUCGUGUUGGGUUUCGCUGAGAUAGGAUCGGAAAUCGAAAAUCCCUUCGGGUACGAUAAGAACGAUUUGAACUUGGACUUCUUCACGAAAAAUAUCAUCAGAGAGGAAUUAGCAGCAAUAACUGCCCGACCUUUCUCACUCCCUGACGAAUGGAUUUUUGUGAAAAAUAAUGAUACCCUCGGAAGAGUUGGGAUAGGAGCUGAUGAAUUGGCUGCGAAAGGUUUAGAAGAAGUCAGAAAUUCCUUGGCGGGGCUGAGUGGGGAGAAAAUACAGAAUGCAGGAUUGAGAGGAAGAGCUAGGAGUCCUGUUUAA